UCCCUCAGACUGAAAAUAGAUCCAGCUGGGUUUGGUCCGAAAAUCAUCGCCUGCUCCUCAAACGAACAGUAUCCACGUCGUGGGCUGAGCACCGGGAGGAUUUACUAGCAUUUCCUGCGCCGCAUUUGCCUGAAACAAACGAGAUUUAUCUUUGAUUUUUCGCCUUUUUUGCCAGCUGGUGCUCGGCCGCAGUGAUGUCUGUCGCGGGGUUGAAGAAGCAGUUCCAUAAAGCAACGCAGAAAGUCAGCGAGAAAGUUGGUGGUGCAGAAGGAACAAAACUUGACGAUGACUUCAAGGAAAUGGAAAAGAAAGUGGACAUCACCAGCAGAGCAGUGUUGGACAUCAUGACAAAAACCACAGAGUACCUUCAACCAAAUCCAGCAUCUAGAGCCAAACUCAGCAUGAUCAACACCAUGUCGAAGAUCCGGGGUCAGGAGAAAGGACCCGGGUAUCCGCAGGCCGAGUCGGUCCUGGGAGAGGCCAUGUUGAAGUUUGGACGGGAGCUGGGGGAGGACUCGUGCUUUGGCAUGGCACUGAUCGAUGCUGGCGAGGCUAUGAAGGAGCUUGGGGAGGUCAAAGACGCGCUCGACAUGGAGGUCAAACAGAACUUCAUUGACCCGUUGCAGAACCUCCACGACAAAGAUCUGAAAGAGAUACAGCACCACCUGAAGAAGAUGGAGGGUCGCCGUCUGGACUUUGACUACAAGAAGAAGCGCCAGGGCAAAGUGCAGGACGACGAGAUCAAACAGGCGCUGGAGAAGUUUGACGAGAGCAAAGAAAUCGCGGAGCAGAGCAUGUUCAACCUGCUGGAGAGCGACAUCGAACAGGUGAGCCAGCUGGCUGCUUUGGUCCAGGCACAGUUGGAGUAUCACAGUCGCACUGCCGAAAUCCUUCAGCAGCUCUCCGGCAAGAUGGAAGACAGGAUAAAGGAAGUGUCGAGUAAACCAAGGAAGGAGUACACUCCUAAACCCAGAAUGACCUUGGAGCUGCUGCCUCCCAGUGAGAGCCACAAUGGGGGGAUACACUCAGCGAAGUCCCCCGGAAGAUCACCAGCACCGAUGGACCAGCCGUGCUGUAGAGCGCUCUACGACUUUGAGCCGGAGAACGAAGGCGAGCUGGGUUUCAAAGAAGGUGACAUCAUCACCCUGACCAAUCAGAUCGAUGACAACUGGUACGAGGGGAUGAUCAACGGCCAGUCGGGCUUCUUCCCCAUCAACUACGUGGAUAUCUUGGUCCCACUGCCUCAUUAGGCCAACGACCUGACCUUUCACCCCGACCAACCCUGAAGACAGUCCUGUAUUUGCAUAAACAAAACCACGCCCUCCUUCUACUUCUGUGCUUCUGUGUGGUUCUGCUUUCACGAAACAAGGGAGAGGAGAUGCUGUGGCUGUGCAGUCGGACUAGAAGAGCAAGAAGAAACAGAUAUGACGGAUGCUGGGGAGGAAGUGUGUGAAGUACGUCGCUCAUCUGGUGCUGGAUCCCAACAAGUCUGCGGAGACUUACUAACAAGGUGCCGCAUAUAUGUACGUGCAUGUUUGUGUCUGAUUGUGGCGUGUCUUCUCUCAUGAUCCAGCCGGCACAAAUUUCUGCUUGACCCCUGAACUGCCUGGCAGUCUAUCCCAGGAUGACCUUCUUUCCUUUCUCGAGCCAUCACAAGGACUUUCAGAACUGAACCAGCAGCUGUCACAAUCUUCUGCACUUUCUUUCUCCAUUCUGUGGCUCGAACAGCUAUUCAGCACGACUCUGUACUCUGCCAAGCUCCAGUCAGACAUCAGAACAGUUUUCCGUCAUACUUUCUAGCAAUUGUAAAAACACCUGUCCGAGCUGGCGAAGAAUCUCGGAGCUACGUCUGCAUGCGUGAACCCCAAAAUACUACACGGUAGAUCGAACGACAGCCAGAUUUCAGAGGCAUCGCGAUGUCUGUUACGUCAUGCAGGCCGUUGUAUGUUUCGCUGUUGAGUGUCUUAAAGAAUUCAAGGUGAGGAUUCCGACUUGCUCGAGAUUGUUGAGGAGCCCUUGAGCAGUUCGGACAAUGGCACAAGAUAUCGUUGAGAAUCUGCUUCAGACCUCACCAAUAAACUCCAGCAAGUCCUGUUGUCAACCUUUAUCUCUUGUCUGUAUAUUUGACUUGAAGCCGACAUUCUGGGGGAUUUAUUUUUUUGUAUCCUUUUCUUGUAACGAUAUCACAACUAAACAUCUGGUAACUAACAGCGUCACAAACACAACUGUCCAGGUGGAUCAAAGUGGGCCAACUAAUAAGCCUCUACUGUCGUGUACUAAUCUGAGUUAGUUCCAUCAGUGUUUCGUGUGGUCAAGUGUAGAGCUGUCCUAUUUGUGGCUUUUGCAUGCAGGACUGUGAGCAGAAACCCACCUAUUUCACACACAUUUGUUUGUAUUUGCACCUGUUUCAAACCUUAUAACAACAGCAGUGACAUGGAUGGUGACUCUUGUGGAAGUAUAGAACCCAGUAGAGUAGAAAAAGGCCUAACGUUUAUAUUUAUAAAUCUUCAAUGAAACUGUUUACUCAUGCUGUGAUGACAAGAUAGUCAACAGUCUGCGCUAUGAAGCUAAAUUGUACUGAAUUGUUUUCCGUGCUUUCACAUGCUCAGUUUGUGGAGGAUUUAACGCAACUCAAAUACAAUCAGACAGCUAGUUAUUAUAAUAUAAAUGAUGCUGACACAGAAAUGACUUAUAUAUUUGAAAAGUCUAUCAAUCAGAGUAUUGCUUUCGGUUUUUUGACGGUGUUACUGUGACAGAAUAAUUCAUCUGAAAUAACGCAGUAUUGUGACAAAUGAAUUAACUUGCGGCUCACAAAGCACAAGUUGUGCUAAUGACCAAGCAGUUUCGUACAGUGUUGGCUGCUCAAGUUAAAUGAUUGUUUUACAUAACAUUUUCUGCACCUUAUGGCAUGGAUUUUUCAAUAACUGACAAUAACACAACAGCAAAAGGAAGCAGCCCAGAGCGGCUGGAGCUAGGUAGCCGGCAUUAGCUUCUAAUAGCAUUAAUUCACUUCAUUGUUCUUUUUCUUAAUGAAUUAAAGCGGGAUUUUUUUAACAAGAAUUAAAUCCCCAAAUUAAUAAUAUCAGCCAUAUACCUGUAAUCUUUGGAAAUGCUUUAGUUAAUCAAACACAACAUGAUCUGCAAGUUCUCAGUUUGAUGAUUCAGGACCACAUCAACCGACUAUAGGAUUUCUAGUUUAUUUAAAUAUAAUUGUUCUCUGUUGAAGAAGGAAAGGUCAUAACAUAAACAUAGUAAACAGCAAUAAUGGGAGGUCACCAGUCGGACAAAUAGAUGAAAAUGAAUGGCAUCAUUCAUCAAAUCAUUCUGUGAGGGGAAAGUAUGGUGACAUUUAUGAAGAUAAAUCAAUACCUCGUGUAUUAGUGUUAUUUAACUGAAUACUCAGAUGACAGUUUGUCAAUAUAUUUCAAGUAUUCCAUUACAUCCAUCAAGAUUUUUUACUCAAAAAAUGAUUCUCAUUCAAUAAACAAUGGUGGCAAUAACGUUUCCAAUAUAGCUUGACCAAUAAUACGUUCAGAAAUACGCUAUUCUUCCAAAGUAAUUGCCUGUUUAGGCCAUUUAGGUUUUAUUUUCAAUAGCUCUGUAGGCUGUCUUCUGAUGUUUGACUUUAGCUACUGCUGUAGCUAAAGAAAUUGACCCGUGUUGCUCAGCCGCCGCCAGGUGCUUGCCACGUUUGAUGUACACUAAUCCCAGCGAGAAACAGAUUCCAACAUUGGCAACUCUAGCAACCUGAGUUCAGUUUCAGCGCCUCCGAAACCCAACCUGCAGGCAGACGGUUAUGUUACAAGCCACUUCAAACAGCAUUUGUUCACUCGCAAAAAGGUUGAUGAAUUUGUCAAUAAAUACAUAAAUAAAACUCAGAACCACUAGAUAUUUUAUUAUGUUUGGUCAAAUAUUUAGAUAGUUUUACUCAAUAAACCUGUGCCAAAUAUAUUUUCUGUUUUUACCACUAACAUAGGACAAAAAUAUUAGAUAAUUUAUAUGCUAUAUUAAUUCAUUACCUAUAUAUUUAUUAGAUAUGCAAUGUUAGCAAUAGCCUUAGAGCUAAAAUAAUGUCCCCUAGCUAAGGCGUUUAAAUAAUUUUGGUGAAUCCGCAGCGACCUUCAGCUCAAGUUACUGAUACGAAUUGUAUUUCUUGAUCUGUGGCAUGCAUUUGGGGAGCUACGCUCUCUGCUCUUGGUGGGUCACACAAGGCCGCUGCUCCGAAAAUUCCAGAAAAAUGUACACAUUGCCAGUCAAUGACUGCACAUGAUGCGAUGCAGCUGAAGAGCACAAAUAUCAGAUGCUAGAGUCUCUUGGCCUUUUGGUAUUUGGCUGUUUUUCAUAGAUAACACACAAGAAUGAUAUUCAAAUAUUUCAUCAGAAUUCUCUUAACAGAUUAUAGUUAUGGUGCGGGAUGUGUGCGUCUGUGAGUGUUUUAAAGAAUAAAAGGAAAUUCAUGUGGAAGUGAGGGAACAAUUUCACAGUUGUUGUAUAGCACAGAAACACUAUCAGUGCAGUGAAAACGCAGUUGAGGAGCCGUGGAUUCUCCGCUCCUCUCAAGGCACGGUGUUUCCAGAGAUGUCCACCUAUGGAAACAACCAGGAGACAAUUUAUAUUUCCCCUCAGGUUCAGAAAAAUCUUUGGAUGGUAGUUAAAUGAUCAACUUGACAAUCUUUACAGCGAACGAUUAGUAACUACGAGACCAUUCAUUUUCUGCAUCUUAACAUAAAGACAAACAACUAAUUGCUGAUCUGCGGGAGGAGCCUCCUUGAAGGGACGAAGAUGCAAGCUGUGUCACUGUUGAGGUCAUCGAGGCAGUUAUGGUUCCAUUUCAGUCCAAGUAGACCCGCAGAACCUUUCCAACACCUGUGUCCCAAAUUUACAUGUUGCAGACGCCUGCCUUAUUUUAAUCUAAAUUACAUCGAACCAACAAGUCUAGUUUUUACCUUUUAAGUGACCCGUAGUGUCACCGAAAUUUUCUCUCCUUAAGAGGUAAAUUGAUGUUUCAGAAUGCACUCAGCGGUGGACUCAGACUGGAGUCGUUCUCAUGCCAUUAGGGGACGCCCUGCUGCUACAGCUGCAGCUGGUAACACUGAAGUUUUAGUCCAGUGUUUUACGGCUGCUGAUCCUUCCUCAUCCUGUUUCACCUCUCUGCCACUCUGAAUGUUCGUGGCCGUGGUGGAAUGAUGACAUGGCCUCUGUUGGACCUGCUACUGGUGUUGUAUGCCUUGUGGCUGCACAAGCUACACAUGAAAGUGAAAUACACCUUGUUGCUGUUUAUUUAUAUGUUCUGCGUAUUUUUUUUAUUAUUUAUUCGUUUAUUUAUUCUUAUUUAUUUGACGAUUGUCGAUGCAUCGUUGUGAUGUGGACGAUGGGGUCAAAGGGGGGUGGGACAACGAUAAAACCUUGCUGUGAUACUAACUGUUGCUCUCCUUGUAUUGGAUGAUGAUAUUAUCUAAGGCCACUGUAUGUAUAACUGCUUGUUGUGAAGAUGACCUACGAUGUUAUGAAAAUAAAUAAUUAAC